CUCGUCAGUUCCGAGACCUAGACGAGGAGGAGCUCUCGCCUCUGAAAAGUGCAGUCAUGAAUUCUGGAGUUGCCAUGAAAUAUGGAAACGACUCCUCGGCCGAGCUGAGUGAGCUCCACUUGGCAGCCCUGGCGUCACUCAAGGGAGACAUAGUGGAGCUUAAUAAACGUCUGCAGCAAACGGAGCGGGAACGGGACCUUCUGGAAAAGAAGUUGGCCAAGGCACAGUGUGAGCAGUCCCACCUCAUGAGAGAGCAUGAGGACGUCCAGGAGCGAACAACACUUCGGUACGAGGAACGCAUCACAGAACUGCACAGUAUCAUCGCUGAGCUCAAUAAGAAGAUAGAUCGUUUGCAAGGCUCCACCAUCAGGGAGGAAGAUGAGUACUCAGAAUUGCGAUCAGAGCUCAGCCAGAGUCAACACGAGGCCAAUGAGGACUCUCGCAGCGUGGAUCAGGACCAGACCUCUGUGUCUGUCCCUGAAAACCAGUCCACCAUGGUCACUGCAGACAUGGAUAACUGCAGUGACCUGAACUCGGAGUUGCAGAGGGUGCUGACUGGGCUGGAGAACGUGGUCUGCUGCAGGAAAAAGAGCGGCUGCAGCCUCUCGGUGGCGGAGGUGGACAGACACAUCGAGCAGCUGACCACGGCCAGCGAGCGCUGUGACUUGGCCAUCAAGACAGUGGAGGAGAUCGAGGGGGUCCUCGGCCGGGACCUGUACCCCAGCCUGGCAGAGGAGCGGUCCCGGUGGGAGAAGGAGCUGGCGGGGCUGAGGGAGGAGAACGAGAGCCUGACGGCCAUGCUGUGCAGCAAGGAGGAGGAGCUGCACAGGACCAAGGCCACCAUGAACGCCGUGCGGGAGGAGCGUGACCGGCUGCGCAGGAGGGUUCGAGAGCUUCAAACUCGCCUGCAGAGCGUGCAGGCCACGGGCCCCUCCAGCCCUGGCCGCCUCACUUCCGCCAACCGCCCCGUUAACCCCAGCACCGGAGAACUGAGCACGAGCAGCAGCAGCAAUGACAUCCCCAUCGCCAAGAUCGCCGAGAGGGUGAAGCUCUCCAAGACCAGGUCUGAAUCUUCAUCGUCUGAUCGGCCAGUCCUAGGCUCAGAGAUCAGCAGCAUUGGGGUGUCCAGCAGCGUGGCAGAGCACCUGGCCCACUCUCUUCAGGACUGCUCCAACAUUCAGGAAAUCUUCCAGACUCUCUACUCCCAUGGAUCUGCCAUCUCGGAAAGCAAGAUUAGAGAAUUUGAGGUGGAAACGGAGCGGCUGAACAGCCGUAUCGAACACCUCAAAUCCCAAAAUGACCUUCUGACCAUAACCCUGGAAGAAUGCAAGAGCAAUGCUGAGAGGAUGAGCAUGCUGGUGGGGAAGUACGAGUCCAAUGCCACGGCCUUGAGGCUGGCCCUGCAGUACAGCGAGCAGUGCAUCGAAGCCUAUGAGCUCCUCCUGGCUCUGGCCGAGAGCGAGCAGAGCCUCAUCCUGGGGCAGUUCCGGGCGGCCGGUGUGGGGUCGUCCCCUGGAGACCAGUCAGGGGAUGAAAACAUUACUCAGAUGCUCAAGCGAGCCCACGACUGCCGGAAGACGGCUGAGAACGCCGCCAAGGCCUUGCUCAUGAAGCUGGAUGGCAGCUGCGGGGGCGCCUUCGCAGUGGCCGGCUGCAGCGGGCAGCCCUGGGAGAGCCUGUCCUCCAACAGCCACACCAGCACGACCAGCUCCACAGCCAGCAGCUGUGACACGGAGUUCACUAAAGAAGAUGAGCAAAGGCUGAAGGACUACAUCCAGCAGCUCAGGAACGACCGGGCAGCAGUCAAGCUGACCAUGCUGGAGCUGGAGAGCAUCCAUAUCGACCCUCUCAGCUACGAUGUCAAGCCCCGGGGGGACAGCCAGCGACUAGACCUGGAGAACGCAGUGCUGAUGCAGGAGCUCAUGGCCAUGAAGGAGGAGAUGGCCGAGCUGAAGGCCCAGCUCUACCUCCUGGAGAAGGAGAAGAAGGCCCUGGAGCUGAAGCUGAGCACGCGAGAAGCCCAGGAGCAGGCCUACCUGGUCCACAUCGAGCACCUCAAGUCCGAGGUGGAGGAGCAGAAGGAGCAGCGCACGCGGUCCCUCAGCUCCGCCAGCAGCGGAGGCAAGGACGCGGCCGGCCAGGAGUGUCCGGACACCGCCUCCCCUGCCCUGUCCCUGGCCGAACUGCGGACGGCGUGCGGUGACAGCGAGCUGGCCACGGAGUUCACGAACGCCAUCCGUCGAGAGAAGAAGUUAAAGGCCAGAGUUCAAGAGUUGGUGAGUGCCUUGGAAAGACUCACAAAGAGCAGUGAAAUCCGACACCAGCAAUCAGCGGAGUUUGUUAAUGACCUAAAGCGAGCCAACAGCAACCUGGUGGCUGCCUAUGAGAAAGCAAAGAAGAAGCAUCAAAACAAACUGAAGAAACUGGAGGCUCAGAUGAUGGCCAUGGUGGAGAGGCACGAGACCCAAGUGAGGAUGCUCAAGCAGAGGGUAGCUCUGCUGGAGGAGGAGAACUCCAGGCCUCACACCAGCGAAACGUCACUGUAGCUGGCGCUGGAGCGCCACGGGCCUGUCCGUGGAGCCAGAGGCUAGCAGUCACUGAGGAGGGGGCCUCAGAGGGCAGCACCUGUCGGGAGGGGAGGGAAGGCUGGCGGGUGGGCUGGCACUCCUGGCAGGGAGGCGCCCUGGACUCAGCCUCGGGGCAGCUGGCCCCGGUGAGCCGGUGUAGACUGUCCCCCUAGGGCCCCCGCCCCUCCCGGGCUGUGGGCGGCGUGGGGACUCCUGCCCCGCGCACUGGCUCCGCAGGGCUUCCUGCUGCUUUCAGCACUGGCUCUGUCCCUCGCCCACAUUUUCUGUAUCCGCGGUAUAGUCCAGGCAUCAUCUGUUUGAUUUUCCAGUCUUUGCAGCCUUACCUCAGGCA